UUUUUGCAAUUGCGCAGUUACAAUCUUCCAUUUUUUUUAUUUCUGUAGACCCACGUUUUUUUUGUUGAAAGUACAAAUUAAUAUAAUAUUUAAUAUUUUCAUGUUUAUUUAAAGAAAAAAUAUGUAAUUAGAACUGUUAAAGGUGUAAAUUAUUCAUCGAGUGUUGAAAACAUUAAAAAAAAAAAAUGGAUUUGGUAAAAGUGCUAGAAGUUUUAAUGAAUCCAAACAUAAAAAAUGACAAUUCCGAUGAAGAAUGUUGUUUAGAGGCAAUAAUAAAAAAGGCAAAUUUCCAUUUGUCAGAAGAAAUUAGAAAUGAAAUAAAAAACAUAAAUUCGGAAAAUAGUUUAAUUAAACAGUAUUUGUAUAUUAUUCUAUUUGUUUUGAGAGAAUUAGAAAAAAUGGAUUUAGGAACAGAAGAAAAUAUGCUCAGUGUUAGUCAAUAUCAAAUUAUUAAAAAAGCCAUUGGUUUUGCAACAUCAAUUGGUAUAAUUUCAUGUUUAUUACCAGGAAUUCAAAUGGAAAAUUCACCUGUAACUCAAUCACGAUUUAGCCAAGAAAAUUUGUCAAUUAUGCAGAAAUACGAACGAUUGUGUGAUACGUCGAAAAUAUUUUUAAAUUCUUUCUCUAAUUUAUGUUUACGUCCAGUAUUACUUCCUUAUCUUGGUUCAUUGUUUGCGGCAUUAUUACAAUUAUCAUUUGCACCAUUAAAAAAGCCGAAUUCUAAUGCAGAAACUAAUAUUGAAUUUAAAAUGACAAAUGAAUUAUAUUUACAAUUAAAAAGUGAACAAAUUGAAUUUCAAUCAAAAUUGAAAAAAUUAAUUAAUCUAUGUCCUCAAAGUGAAGUUAUUAAAGAAUUCAUGAUUUUACAUGGUGCAAAAAAAUCACCAAAAUGGUUAUGUGAUAAUGUUAAAAAUUUAUUAAUUGAAUCAAUUAUUCAACCAUAUGGAGUUAUGUCAUUGAUAGAAGCAAUUUGUGAAGAUACAAAUGAAUCUGGUAAUUGGCAAAAAUUAGAUAUUGUUGCUAAAUUAAUAUCCGUUUCACAUGGCGAUAAUCAUGAAGAAUAUUACAACUCUAUUUGUUCUCAGUUAUUAGAUAUUUUAAUGGCAAAAAAUUUAAAAUACGGACCAACAAUUGCAAAUUCUUGUAUGACAGCAAUUUAUGAAGUGAAUCCAGAUAUUUGUCGAAGAAAAAUAUUUAAUAUAAUAGCAGAGCCAUUUUUAUUAAUAAAUUCUGAUAAUAAUUCUAUGAUUUUAAAAACUGAAGAAGAAAUAUCAAAUUCAAUAGAAACACUAUCAAAAUGUUUUUUGAGCAAUGAGGCAGAUUUUAAAACACUACCAAUUGAAUUAAUUUACAAAAUUGCUGUUCCUUUAUUUUAUUUACAUUUAAAAGCAUCACAAAGUAUUUAUCAACAUCGUGAAAAAAUUCGACAAUUAUUAUUGAAAAUACUCGCAAAUGAAUUAAUGAGAGAAAUGAUAUUUGCGUCAUUUCUUCAAAUUUCCAAUGAUAUUGAAUUAGAAGAAAAUUUUGGAAAUAAAUUAUCAUUUCAAUUUGGUUCAACUGGUGGUUUUGAAAUAGUGUCAAAAAAUGUUGAAUUAAAUUAUGAAGAAAUUGUCAAUAUUCUCUUUGAUCUUGUACAACAUGAUGAAAUUCUCGCCAAUUCUUUAUUUAAUUUUCUAAUGAAGACAUUGUCGAAAUUUCAAGAAAUUGAGAAAAAUAAUUUAUUAGAAACAAAUUGUGAUUUAAUUGAAAGAGUGACGAAACAAUUGGCAAUUGUACAACUUGUUUCGAAUCUUGCGAAUACGAAAAAAGUUCAAGAAGCACAGAUUAAAAUGCCAAAACCACUUUUAUUGUUUAUUGAAACAAUUUGUAAAAACAAGAAAAAUAAUGAUGAUGAUGCUGAUAGUUUUGAUAUUUUGUAUAUUAGUUUAAUGUUAGUGAAGAUAAUAUUAACAGACAGAGGGAAACCACAGGAUUGGAGGCCUUUUGAUGAAUUUAGUCAAUUUUUGGAAAAUGAAAAAAAAUUCAAUAAACUAACAGAACAGACUAAAAGUUUAAUUAAUGAAAUUAUUAAUAUUAUUCGUUUGCGUUCAUCUUCGCAAAAAUUUUACGACAUGUCAGUUGAUCCUAAUCGAAAAAGUGAAUUUGACAAGGCUUUGGAAGAUUUAACAGAUCCACUACUUCCGGUACGUGGUCAUGGAAUUAUUGCAUUGACAAGAUUAAUUGAAACAUCAAAUCCCGAUGCAAUUGCUAAACAAGAUGUUCUUAUUUAUUUAUUUCAGGAAAAUCUCAAACAUGAAGAUUCGUUUAUCUAUUUAGCGACAAUUAAUGGAGUUUGUGCUCUUGCAACACAUUUUCCACAAAAAGUCAUUGAGAUUCUUGUUCAGGAAUUUAUUGACAUGCCACAAAGAACAAGUACUGGUGAAAUUGCACCAGAAACAAGGGCAAAACUUGGAGAAAUAUUAAUGAAAACUACAAGAGCUUUAGGUGAAAUGGCCCCGAAAUAUAAAACAUUAUUGAUCAAUGCUUUUUUAUGUGGAACACGAGAUUCUGAUCCUCUUGUACGCUCAUCGAGUCUCUCGUGCCUUGGAGAAUUGUGUAAAGUUCUUGGUUUUAAAGUUGGAAAUCUUAUAACUGAGAUUCUCUAUUGUAUUGGUUGCAUAAUAAAAACCGAUAAGGAUUAUCAAUGUAGAAGAGCAGGUGUUUUGGUAGCGACACUUUUACUACGAGGACUUGGAAAAGAUAUGCUGACAAGUUUAGGAAACGAUCUUGUCAUAUUAUAUCGAGGACUGAUACAUUUGAGAGAUAAAGACGAUGAUUCUGUAUUGCGAUUACACGCACAAUUGGCACUUGAAGAAUUUGAUGAUGUUGUGAAAAAUGUUCUAUUCGCUAAGCCAAAAUUGGAAAAAACUAUAUUUUUGCUCAACGAUUGAUUCGUUUUCAAUUUUACGAAUAUAAAAAAAGAAAUUAUAUUUAAAAAAAAAAAGGCAAACGUAUAAUCGCUGUGGUUGUGGAGUCGACAAGGGUGAAGGUCUAGGCGUGACUGCUCGCAAAAUGAAUUCCUUGCUCGAGGGUUCAGAGAAAGAUCUAUGUUUUCCAUCUCCCGCCGCAUCUACUUCUUCUGCAUUUGAUGCUG